GUUUAUUAGGUGCGACAGCGCUCGGGAUUGCCUCGGUCACGAAGCUUCACAAUUAUGCAAAGGUACAUAUCUUUAUCCUUGUUUUGCCUAGAUCUAACAUAUGCAGUGUCAUCACGAGAUAAAGGAUCUAGAAGAUUGGUUAUUUGAUGCUACACGAUUUUUUAAAUAUAAUAGGGCCGUGAUUGCUCAGUAUCCACUUCAAGUCUACGCAUCAGCACUUGUUUUCAGUCCUACAAAGAGUUUAGUGCGACAAAGAUUUUGUGAAGAAGAGCCGGCAUGGCUGGCAUUAAAACCGAGGGUUGACGUUAGGUGGAGUGCCCAUUUGCAAACGCUCGAGGGCCAUACGGAUCACGUCAAUUCGGUGGCGAUCUCGCCCGACGGCCAGUUCGUGGCGUCGGGGUCGUGGGACAAGACGGUGCGGAUCUGGGACAUCGAGACGGGCGCAGAGCGGCAGGUGCUCGAAGGACAUACGCAUCCCGUCUAUUCGGUGGCGAUCUCGCCCGACGGCCAGUUCGUGGCGUCGGGGUCGUGGGACCAGACGGUGCGGAUCUGGGACAUCAAGACGGGCGCAGAGCGGCAGGUGCUUGAAGGCCAUACGGAUAUCGUCUGGUCGGUGGCGAUCUCGCCCGACGGCCAGUUCGCGGCGUCGGCGUCGAACGACCAGACGGUGCGGAUCUGGGACAUCGAGACGGGCGCAGAACGGCAGGUGCUCGAAGGACAUACGCAUCCCGUCUAUUCAGUGGCGAUCUCGCCCGACGGCCAGUUCGUGGCGUCGGGGUCGAGGGACAAGACGGUGCGGAUCUGGGACGUCGAGACGGGCGCAGAGCGGCAGGUGCUUGAAGGCCAUACGGAUAUCGUUUAUUCGGUGGCGAUCUCGCCCGACGGCCAGUUCGUGGCGUCGGGGUCGAACGACCAGACGGUGCGGAUCUGGGACGUCGAGACGGGCGCAGAACGGCAGGUGCUCGAGGGCCAUACGCAUCCCGUCAGUUCGGUGGCGAUCUCGCCCGACGGCCAGUUCGUGGCGUCGGGGUCGAGGGACAAGACGGUGCGGAUCUGGGACGUCGAGACGGGCGCAGAGCGGCAGGUGCUCGAGGGCCAUACAGAUGAAGUCAAUUCGGUGGCGAUCUCGCCCGACGGCCAGUUCGUGGCGUCGGGGUCGAACGACCAGACGGUGCGGAUCUGGGACGUCGAGACGGGCGCAGAGCGGCAGAUGCUCGAGGGCCAUACGGAUGAAGUCAGUUCGGUGGCGAUCUCGCCCGACGGCCAGUUCGUGGCGUCGGGGUCGAACGACCAGACGGUGCGGAUCUGGGACGUCGAGACGGGCGCAGAGCGGCAGAUGCUCGAGGGCCAUACGGAUGAAGUCAAUUCGGUGGCGAUCUCGCCCGACGGCCAGUUCGUGGCGUCGGGGUCCGACGACCAGACGGUGCGGAUCUGGGACGUCGAGACGGGCGCAGAGCGGCAGGUGCUCGAGGGCCAUACGGAUAUGGUCAGUUCGGUGGCGAUCUCGCCCGGCGGCCAGUUCGUGGCGUCGGGGUCGCAGGACAAGACGGUGCGGAUCUGGGACGUCGAGACGGGCGCAGAGCGGCAGGUGCUCGAGGGCCAUACGGAUAUCGUCUAUUCAGUGGCGAUCUCGCCCGACGGCCAGUUCGUGGCGUCGGGGUCGAACGACCAGACGGUGCGGAUCUGGGACGUCGAGACGGGCGCAGAGCGGCAGGUGCUCGAGGGCCAUACGAAUAUCGUCUAUUCAGUGGCGAUCUCGCCCGACGGCCAGUUCGUGGCGUCGGGGUCGAGGGACAAGACGGUGCGGAUCUGGGACGUCGAGACGGGCGCAGAGCGGCAGGUGCUAGAGAUUGGUCUUGUAGACAACCUGCAGUUUGACCUUGGUGGAACACGACUUCUUACGAAUAAGGGAACAUUUACUAUUGCACGACCCGACGAGAAUACGUCUGUGCGGGGCCAUAACAACGUUCUGCAUGAGCAUAUGACGCAUGAUGUGCCAAUACCAGCUAGGCAACAUGAUGGCUUUAGUAUAAGUCAAAAUUCACGCUGGAUCGUGUUUGGCGAGAAGAAUCUUUUGUGGUUACCUACCCAAUAUCGUCCCGGUCAAUUAGCCAUAUCUGGCGAUACUAUUGUUAUUGGUACCUCGGCCGGUGGUGUCUUAAUCAUGCGAUUCAGGUAACCUCUUUAUUCCAAUCCUUUGAAAUGGAGGGUCCUAGGGUGUUCCCCUCAUUUAUCUUGAGAAACAUCGGUCGCAUAGUUAACAUUUUGGCUAUAGUAGCAUAUUCUAGAAUUAUCAC